AUGUCUAAACUAGUAAAUUUAUUUUUUAUCUUAGAAUUUUUUUAUAUAUCUCCAAUAAUUUCUGUUGAGAUUCCGUCAUUUAUUUGCAUUGAUGGAUUUAAAAUUAAUCUAAGUAAAGUAUGCGAUGGAGUAACUGAUUGUCCUGAUUCGUCUGAUGAAGUUAAAAAAUUAUGCCAUCAUAUAGUGUGUCCUUCAUCUUCAUAUCGAUGUACUUAUGGAGCUUGUGUAUCAAAAUCUUUAAGAUGCGAUGGCUUUCAAAACUGUCUUGAUAAUAGUGACGAAAUGCAUUGCAAUGUUCUUAAUUAUUGCACUGAUAGAGAGUAUCAGUGUUUUGAUUCACUUGAAUGCAUAUCGAUUUCGAAAAUAUGUAAUGGAUAUCCAGAUUGUAUUGAUCAAAGCGAUGAAAGUCCAGUUUUAUGCAAAGAUUUUCCAUGUCCUGAGCAUACAUAUCAGUGUACAUAUGGUGGUUGUAUCCAUCAAGAAACAGUAUGCGAUGGUGUGAACGAUUGUCUCGAUGGUAGUGAUGAAAUGCCAAUAAUGUGUGCUACAACAAACUGUAAAGAUAAUUGUUCCAUAUAUCAAUGUAAUGAUUAUGAAUUUAGUUGUACAAAUAAAAAACAAUGCAUUCCUUUAUCAAGACUUUGUGAUGGCACUCAUCAAUGUCGAGAUGCAUCUGAUGAAACUCUAGCUACAUGCAAGGAUCUAGUGUGUCCUGAAGGCUAUUUUCAAUGUGAUUAUGGUGGUUGUAUUCAUGGUUCACUAAAGUGCAAUUUUGAAGCAAAUUGUCAUGAUUGGAGUGAUGAAAAUGAAACUAUGUGCGGCGUAAACCUUGCAGAAGGUGCUUGUCGCCUUCCACCAGCUAGACCAGGCACUCACUAUACUGUUUCUCACUGUUCUGAUUGUCGUCCAGGACAAAUAGUCCCGGAAUUGAGUCGUCUAGACUAUUUUUGUGACGUUAAAGAAUCUUUAGAAGGUCCUGCACAGGUUUUUUGUCAAAAUAAUCAAUGGUUUCCUUAUAUACCAUUUUGUUAUUCAGAAUCUCUAGAAAUGACUUGUCCACCAUUGAAUGCCCCUGCUGCAAAGAAGCGAUGUGAAGCUUCAUGGGGUCCACGACAAGGAUGGAUACCUUGUAAUGAAUCUUUGCCAGUAGGAACUCAUGUAACAUUAGAAUGUCCAGAAUUUUACGAAAAAACAACUGGUGCAACUCAUACAACUUGUCUUCAUGAUGGUACUUGGAGUCAAAUGCCUUUACAUUGCAAGCCUAUUUGUGGAACUCGUGGAACUUCAGCUGCGGUAUUAAUAAUAGAAGGUUGGGAAGUAUCUCAAGAAUAUAAUUUACCUUGGCAUGGCACACUUUUUUCCCAUGAAAAUGGAGAAUGGAAAUUUUUUUGUGGCUGUACGUUGAUUGGAGAACGUGUAGUGGUUACAGCUGGCCAUUGUGUUUGGAAAACAGAUCCUGAAACAAUAAAAGUUAUUUUCAAUGGGUUCUCUAGUAACUUUACUAUCAAUGAAUUUGAUGAAAAUGCACAAAUUCGCCAAGUUUCAAGUAUAAAACUACAACAAGCAUAUCAAGAUCAUGAAGGAAAUUAUGGUUCAGAUAUUGCUAUUUUAAUUCUCACAGAACCUGUCAUUUUAACUGCUAAUAUCAAACCAAUAUGUUUAAAUUGGUCUCCAGAAUCUGAUAUAUCUUUAAGAAUUUUAGAUAUAGGUUUGGUAGCUGGUAUGGGAAUUACAGAAAAUGAUACAUUUAGCGAAAAGUUGAGAGAAGUUGCAGUAAAAAUUAUUUCUAAUGAAGAAUGUCAAACAUCUCAAAAAAGAGAUUUCAAGAAAUAUUUAACUUACACCACAUUUUGUGCUGGCUGGAGAAAUGGAUCUGCUGUGUGUAAUGGGGAUAGCGGUGGUGGAUUAGCUUUACCAAGACCUAACUCUUCGAUAUGGGAUCUCUAUGGUAUUGUUUCCAUCAGUCCACGACGAUUACAGAAUAGUUUUUGUGAUCCUAAGUAUUACACAGUCUUUACAAAAGUAUCAAUUUAUAGUACUUGGAUUGAUAAUAUUUUAAAAAAUAUUCCAAUAAUAGGACCACCAUUCUUAGAUCAACUUCCUAAUAGUGACAUUAUUAUAUAAAAAGGUUUCAUUAUAAAACAGAGGUUUAAAGGUUUACAUAUUAUAUUAGAGAAAGUUAAUGUUAAGUAAAAUGAAAUACAAAUUUUGUUUAUGUUUUAUCUUAUUUUAUUUGAAAACUCAAAUAGUGAAAUCGAAUA